CGCAGCCUCGAUUUCUUUCCCUUCCCCAGCCAGCCGCGAGCCUCAUACCGGCGCAGCCAUGGCGGAGGUGCCCGCCGUCGUCGCCGCCGCUUCCAGCUGCGAGGUCGACCUCGGCAACCUCAUGGCGUACGACCCGUCACACCACGUCGUCUCCGCCGCCGCCGCCGCCUCCAGGGAGGAACUGAGGCAGGAGUGUCUACGGAAGGGGACGGAGCUGGCGCAGGCGGUGGCCGACGCUCUCUUCGCGCUGCCUCCCAGCGAGGACCGCGACGGCCCCAUCGUCCACCUCCCGCCGCCCACCGUCCGACUCCCGCGCGAGAAGCAUCUACCCAAGCCCAAGCCACCGACCAAGUGGGAGCUGUUUGCAAAGGCGAAAGGAAUAACCAAGCGCAAGAAGAACAAGCGCGAGUGGGAUGAGCAAACUCAAUCCUGGAAGCGGACUUAUGGCUAUGACCGUGUUAAUGAUGACAAAGACAUUCCAAUCGUUGAAGCCAAAUUGACUGAUGAGCCUGGUGUUGAUCCCUUUGCGCAAAGAAGGGAUGAGAAGAAGAAGAGGGUUGAAAAGCAAGAAAAAAACAGACUAGAGAACUUAAAGAAAGCUGCAAAGAUUGGCGCUUUGCCAAGUCAUAUACAGCUUGCUGCAAAGGCCUUGCCCAUCACAGGAACUAAAGCUGACCUUCCAAAAAAAUCUAGAAAAGAGGAUCUUGAGAGUGUUGUUGGCAUGGCUUCAUCAGCAACAGCAAGCGGUGGGAAGUUUGAUGAGAAGUUGCCUGGCGAGAAACCUCCAAAGCACUCUGGCAAACACAGAAAGUUCCUCCCAGUUGCCGAAGGGAAGGGAAUGGGCAGCCUGGAGAAACAGCAGAAUGACAAAAUCCUGAACUCUCUACUUGCCAGAAACUCUGAUGAACCGCUUGAUGUUGGCAAGGCAAUCACAAUGUACAAGGUGAAAAAGGAAAAGCAGAGAAGGAAAGAGAAAGAUAUGUCAUCGAAAUCUGAUAAGCUUAAGCCCCAGAAGAAACCCCACAAGAAGUCAUCGAAGAAAAAGGCUUAGGUCCACAUCUUUCAGGUGACCACAGUUUUGAAAGCUCAAACAAGGAGGCCUGUCACAAAUUCGAUUGUAUUUGUGCGCUUGAAUCUAUGCGAGAAAUUGUUAUUCCGUUUACUGGUUAUGACACAAAAACCUGAAUGCUGUUAUAAUAUAUUGUGCCCUGAUAUGCGCCCGCCCUGUACUUUUCAAGUUAUGUUUGGGUUUGGUUUGUAACUUGUAAGAGUUCCUAUUGGUUCC